GGCUGGGGAAGGGGACAGGAACGGCUGGGCUGGGUAACUGGGACCAGGAGAACUGCCCUGCUAAGAGGGCGAGCGGGAAAAGGGGCUUGUGCUCUGAAUCUGGGUGAGGAUGCCCCUGCUGCCUCUCCCCCAUUGCGACGCUGUGUUUGUUGUUGUGCGUUGUGCCGAAACGUUACUGCCGUCGCUCCACCACACUUACGGUUGGUGAUGCCAUUACCUGUUGGGUCUUGACACAUCCUUGAAAUAUCCCUGUCCUGUCAUAACGGUUGUCGUGGCGCAUCCGCCUUCGUUUCUGUCAUGAGAUCCUUGUGGUGACCACGAUGUGGGAGAAGGAUGCUGGGAAGACAUUGAGGUAGCUGGCUGCUCUGUUGCAGGAUCUCAGAACACCAUUAGCUGAGACAACUUCAGUUCGACAGCAUGGGUUCGUUUUCAGGGUAUUUCAGCAUUUUGCGUGAGGACAGUGCUGUCUGGCCUGUCUGCUGUCCCAUCCAGAGUGGCUUGGUCUUGGCUGCCACCUUCGGUGGAUCACAAAGGGUGCUGCGUUCCUCUGUGCCACCACAUUACUUCUGCACGUUGUUGGGCUGACGUGACACACUGAAGUGCUACCUUGGCACACUGCACUGCGUUGCUGUUGUGCAUGCACUCUGUCAUGGGUAAAUCUAGGAGUUGUCACUGUCUUGCUGAAGAGGUUUGCCAUCCAGAGGGACCUGGACAGGCUGGAGUGUGGGCCCAGGCAAAACUCACGGAGUUCAGCAAGGCCGAGUGAGGGGCACACCUGGGUCGGGGAAAUCCCAAGCACAAAUACAGGCUGGACAGAGAAUGGAUCGAGAGCCGUUCCCAGUUGGAACUAGAUGAUCUUGAAGGUCCCUUCCAACCCAAACCGUUCUAUGAUUCCAUGAACUGCAGUGUCUCUGCUGAGACAUUCCAAUGGCAUGUGAUUUGGGCACUGAUUGUCCUGAGCAGAGCAGCAGGUUACCUGUGGCAUUGACAAUCCAUGUAACCAGGAAUAUUCUGUCAUCAUUUACCUAUUUAAGCCAGACCUGCCUUUCUUCCCUUUUCAUUUGACUUUGACUCAUUUCCAUGGUCUUCUGGAUUUGAAAUGAUCUGAGGGAUCAUUCAGUUUCACACGCGUUUAAAUGUGGGUGUGGAAUGGGCCCUUUGCUUUUUCUGUCACUUGUUUCUCUUCUCAGCCCAAGCCAGGCAGUGGGAGUUGCUUUAUGGUGACUCCAGCUCACAGCGGUUCCGCUUGCUCUAAUGCUACAUUAUUGCUUUGGGGAAAUAAACUCACGAUUAGUUACUGAAUUGCCAUCCUGUCCUACUGACUAUUACUCUUCAUUUCAGCACCUGGUCAUUAAUAUAAGAUCUCACCAUUCCUGAAGUAUUCUUGACAUCCUUUCAAGCCAGCCCAUCCACUGCUAACAGUUUCAGUCUUUGUUUUCCCAAUCCUUUGCAUGCAGCUCCUUAUUGAUCCCCAUGCGAAAGAGGAGCACUCAAUACACAGAUUAUUGUCUCAGGAAGGAGAGUUCUGCAGAUCGCUCAAGACUGGUGGGAGCAAGUGCAGACCUCGCCCUUAUCCUUUCCAUGAAACCAGGGUUGUUGGCUUGGAAGGAUUUAUCCCAGAGGGUUUUGUGCUUGGUCACAUUCCAGAGAGGCACAACAAAAGGGCAUUUGACACUUUCCUGAGUUCCAAAGCAGUUUCCCAGUAGGACCAUCCUCCGAAUGGAGGCUGUCCGAAUCCUUUCUGUCCCCUUCUGCUUUCAUUAUCCCAGAAACUCCUCCCUUUUCUUUUACUGUGUACAGUCACUGGGCUCUGCCAGCAGCCAGUGGUCUCCAGUGGGGUUAUCUUGCUGCUAAUAAUGAGACCCUCAGGGAUGGUGAAUUGCAGCGCAGCGUGUGCUCACUUGACUGGAGGCAUCCUCUUUUCACCAGUGAAAAGUAGAGGAGGGAGCAAGAAUUCCACAGGUGUUUCACAGAUCCUUUCCCUUCCUCCCUGCCUGUCCUUCUCUCAUAUGGCAAUACCUUCUGCUGCCUUCCAGGCCAACCAUUAUUUUAGCAGUAAUUAUACUUGGAAAAAAGCUGCCUCUCUAGUCAUUAUGGAAAGUGCAAUAUAUGUGUCAAUACCUGAAGAGACUAACUUGGAACCCAAAGUCUGGGGUAGCAUUUCUGCUGUAUGCUUUGCUCUGUUGUUAGAGGAUGAAUUUCGAUCUGAAGCUGUACCACAUUUCCUUAAGUAACUCUUAAGAACCCCAUACUGAAGCAUUGUAGAUGUCCUGGAUCCCACAGAGUAAGUGGGGAGUGAUGGUGCACGGCUGAGGUUAUUAAUGGCUGAGGAUCAUGAAGAGGUGUCGUUGGUGACUCGGGGACUGACGCUGAUUUUCUUCCGCAGUCGGAUGCUCUCACUCACCCAAAGGCAUUGGUUAAUUACCUGCUUGCUCCCUACCCCGGCUGAACUUGAUGAGCAGCAUUUCCAUGUGCAGCAGCCCCCAGAGCAGCAGAUGUUUGGGGUUGUUUUCCAGGCCCCAGCCCGUUCUGCUGCCUGAACUUCUGACCCAGCACUGAAUGCCAGAACGCAGGUGCCUGUUCUUGGUGUCUCCCCGUCCCACCUUUCCUGUGCCACUUGCAGUCCUACCAGCCUCCUUCACUGCUUGCCCAGCUCUAGAUUUCGUCGCUGCUCCCCACUCUGAGCCUGCUGGGUGCAGGGGGGUGUAGGGAGAACCAGCGUCUGGUGGCCGCUGCUUCCGAUUGCCGCUCCAGAGAGUGGGUUGGCUCAUAAAGGCACUGUUCAAACAGCAGGAUGUGUGUACUUAGAAUAAUUGCUUAGGGUCAAAAUCCUUCUUUUAGGUGAAAUUGUAAGCCAUAAGGAUCUGAGGUCUUAAACUGGUGAGAGGAUAAAUAAUUAGUGGAGUGCUGAAGAUAAAAAAGAUCAAAUGGAAACACCGCCAUAUGCAGUUAGAGACCGAGGGGAAGGUGAUGAACCCGGAGGAGAGGAGGCCGGGAAGAGCUGCUAAAUACACUUGACUGGAGCUCUUUUUGCAUAGUGCAGUUUCUAAUGCGACCCUGCGUGGGGUUUGUUAACUUUUGCUUUGAAAUUAAAUUAAUUGCAUUUGCUGGUGGGGUUAAGUGGCUGGAGGCGUGUUACAUUUUUAAGAAGAGAUGUCUCAGCCAUAUUUUUCUCUUUUCUUGAAGGCCUCGGUUGGCAGGCAGAGUCCGAGGGUGGUGCCAUACCCAGCCCACAGUCUAUGUCCUGGAGAGCCUGGCCUUCAGAGUGCAGCAGUUGUGUCAAUGGGCUCAGCCGACCAUCGACUGAACCUGGCAGAGAUACUUUCCCAGAACUAUGGUGUACGGGAAGAAAGGGAAGAUGAUGAUGAUAGCCAGGAGAAGCAGAAAUCUUUAGAAGAGCUGGAGAAGAGUAUCAGUGCCUCUCAGAGCAGUGAAAUGCCAUUUGAGGAGCUGCUUGCACUUUAUGGCUAUGAGGCGUCGGAUCCCAUCUCGGAGCAGGACAGUGAGAGCAAUGACAUUUCUCCAAACCUCCCGGAUAUGACUCUGGAUAAGGAGCAAAUAGCGAAGGAUUUGCUUUCAGGGGAAGAAGAGGAGGAGACACAGUCUUCAGCUGAUGAUCUGACUCCAUCCGUCACAUCCCACGAUGCGUCAGACCUAUUCCCAAACCAGCCUGGCUCAAACAACUUCCUUGCUGAUGAAGACAAAGAGCCCUGUUCAUCUCCAUGUGCCUCCUCCAUGGCUGAGGAUUCAGAGGAGGAUUCCAUCCCAUCCAACGAGUGUAAGAAGGAGAUCAUGGUUGGACCUCAGUACCAAGCCAGUGUUCCCAUCCUCCACUUAAGCUGGCACGGUGAGAAAGCCUACGAGAAUGAAGAUCAGCUGCUUUGGGACCCAAACAUACUCCCUGAGAGAGAGGUUGAGGAGUUCCUGUACCGCGCAGUGAAGAGGCGCUGGGAGGAGCUCUCUGUCAGCAGCCUGCCGGAGGGAGAGAUGGUGAAGGACAACGAACAGGCUUUGUAUGAACUGGUGAAGUGCAAUUUCAAUGCAGAAGAGGCGCUGCGGAGGUUACGGUUCAAUGUGAAGGUUAUCAGAGAUGAGCUUUGUGCCUGGAGUGAGGAAGAAUGUAGAAAUUUUGAACAUGGCUUCAGGGUGCACGGGAAAAACUUCCAUCUUAUCCAGGCGAACAAGGUCCGCACCCGGUCGGUGGGCGAGUGUGUGGAGUAUUACUACAUGUGGAAAAAAUCGGAGCGCUAUGACUACUUCACUCAGCAGACCCGUCUAGGAAGGAAGAAGUACGUCCUCCACCCUGGAGCCACGGAUUACGCUGACAACGACUUGGAUGGGGGUGAAGUAGAAAACACCAGUCGUUCCCGGGGCUCCCCACCCAUCCCGUCUGCAGCCAGCUGCCUGGACCCUCACUUUGGGCAGGACCAGCUCACAAUGGAGAGCACAGAGCCCCUGAGCGUGGAGAGCACAGCCUGCAGCCUGGGCAGCAUGAGCGAGUCGGGGCAGGGCUAUGAGUGCAGCACUCCUUCCGAGACAAAUUGCUCCUUCGACCCCGCCGAGGAGACGUCCUCAGGCGCCAUCUCCGCUCCCUGCACGCGACACACUGUCCCCCCCUCGGACGCGGGGCUCUAUGCUCUGCCGCCCGCAGGACCAGGACUGGCUGAGAGGCAGGAGACGUUGCAGAGCUCUGGUGAGACGAUAACCAUGGACUUCACUCUCCCUGCAGACAUUAACGAGGGUUUGCCUUUAAUUGCUGGCCCUGUGGAUUUGGACAGAGACCCAGAGGCAGUGGUGGCCCCUGCGCAAGUGUCCUUAUCGGUCACAGAUUUUGGCCUCAUUGGCAUCGGAGAUGUAAAUAGUUUUCUGACUGCUCACCAAGCUUGCCCAGCGCCCGUGGCUCGGUCGGAGCCGCUGUCACAGUGAGAGUCUCCAGUCAUAAACUUGUCACAGACCCAGCGAGGACUUUGGCCUGACUGAGGGAAAUCCUGGAACUUCCGCUGUUCCGCAAGGGACGGUUUGGAGCUGUUGGUCAGAAUCCGUCUUUCCAUCCUCCUUGAUCCAAGGCUACCGUGAAACUAAACACCUUCCUGCUCCAGUGUGUUCCGACACGAUCACACCACGCUGGGGCUGGCUCUAGUGAGGGGGGAGGUCUGUCACCCCCGUUCUGUUGUGUCACCCCAGGUAAUGCCAGGCUGUUGGCAGAGUCCCUGCCCCUCGGGACAGGGGGAUGUCCCGUGGCCCCAGAGGGACAGUCUGAGAACAGCAAUGCUCUGAGGACAGGGUCGUGUCACUGGGGCGGGGGGAGCAGUCUGGAGGUCUGAGUUGAUCCGCAGGGAGCGCAGCCCACCCAGCCACGGGGCAGUUGGCCUGCAGUGAUGGGAUGGCCAUGCCAAAGGAAGAUGGCUCUUGGCCCUUGGCCCACAGGUGGUGUGUGGCAACAGGAGUCACCUCCCCGUUCCUUCCCGGCAGCCGCCCCGCGCUGCGGGCUGUGACGGCGCCCACGCUGCUGUUGUCACCUCGCAGCUUGGCGCCUUUGCCCACUCUGCCUGCUGCAGGUGCCUGGUCCAGCCCUUCGGGCCUCAGGGGGCACCCUGCCUGGGGAGCACUGCGUGCACUCGAGUCCUCACCAUCCCUUGGAGUUGUUCUGGGAGUGAAGGGAGUUUCUAGACCCACAGAGCGAUGCUGGCCCUCAGGGUGGUGCCGCUUCUCUCACCGCCCGUGAGUGACUGAUCCCUGCUGACGGCUGCAGUACAAGGGGACAAAAUCCAGAUGAAAACAUCUGUAGGUUCCCAGCUCGUUCAGACAAUGUGGGAGGAGGAGGAGGAGGCUCAGCUGCCAGGGUGCCAGUGCCAGCGCAGUCCCAGGCAGGAGAGAGCACCAGUCCCUGGGCAUCCCUGCCCCGCUCUGCGUCACAAAAAGCUCUCUGUUUUCUGAGAGGAAAGUGUGUCUUUACUGCCAUUAGCAAUGUCUCAAGGAGGUGACGAUGGUGGCCCUGCAUAGCAGCGAGGUGGCCACAGUGGCCUGUCUGGGUGUGCUGGAGCCCGGUGUGUUCCCGGGUGUGUUCGGGUCUGGGGUUUGCCACUGCCCUCCAGCCACAUCCCCUGUUCCCACACAGGCUGCUGCAGGGGUCCCUUCCUCCCUGCACUUGGAAGGGGUCUGGAUUGAGGAUUUUUGCUUGUUUUGGUUGAACCCUCCGGGCUGUGACGCUGCUGUUGGUUCUGCUGCAAGUGGCUUUGGAAAAUGGCUAAAACCAUGAGCCCAGGUCCUCCUUGUACCCAUCCCUGUGGAGCUGCGUUGAGCCCUGCAGUGGGAGCAAGGAGACAGCGUCGGGGCAGCUCCACAGGACGCAGGAUCAGAACUUGUCUCUCAUCUUCCAAGCCCCAGAUCCAUUCUGCUGCUGUAGCCGGGGUUUGCUGUGGUCCCGGCCAGCCCUGCCACAGGGUGCUGAGCUCUGGCCUUGGUCAGGCAGCGCUUGGUCAACCAGAGGUGGAGACGGAGUCUCCCCUCCAGCUGCUCCCAGCUGCUGUGAACGGAAGCAGAUUCGAGUGCCCGCUCCAUAGUGGAACUGCCCGGGCUGUGAUUCCCCUUUUCUGGGGGGGAGAGGAAGCUCCUUGGCUGGAAGGAGAAGAGGAGGCGGCGAGAGAGCACGGGCAGCCCUCCCAGGGAGGGUCAGCCCUUGGCAUCUCCUCUCCAUCAGCCAAGAACAUUCUUAGUUUUCCUGAAACCAUUUUUUUCUUUGGUUUGUUUCAAGCCCUAGUGAAAGGAGAGGGGAGGCUGGGGGAGGCAGAAAUGUCUCUUAUUUAUGUUCUUCAGUGUUGUUUACAGAUUCGCAUGGGGUCUUUCAAAAUGAGUGUGGCGCUUUUUCCACAUAACUGUAAGGGAGAGGGGUGGAAAGGGCUGGGACGGGAGGUCACUUGGGGAGGAGGUUUGGUUUUGGUUUUCUGUUGGGGUUUUCUUUUUCCUUCUUACAAAGCACAUUCACUUUGAGCCACUCCCGAUGCUGGACUUUUCCCCCCCCUCCCCUCCACCCCAAGCCCUACACUGUGAAGUGAUACUGCCUUGAAGACCCCUUGACAUUAUUUAUUUAAUUAAAAACCUAAUUUGAAAGUGA